UGCCCCCACCUCCCUGUCCCUCCACAUGCCUGCUCCCCCUUCUCCAGCAUCCCCCACCCCCAUUGCCCCCUGUGCAGAGGCCCCCCCCAGGUUGUCUCUCACGGCCCCCACAUUCCCCCCGCAGAAGCUGAGCGUUCCCAGUGGCUUCUCAGUGACGGCCCCGGAGAAGCGGGGCUGGGUCAUCAACCCCCUGGGCGAGGGCAGCUCCUUCCCCGUCUGGAUGAUGGUGGCCAGUGCCCUGCCGGCCGUGCUGGUCUUCAUCCUCAUCUUCAUGGAGACCCAGAUCACCACGCUGAUCAGUAAGAAGGAGUGCUGGCUGCUGGUGGCU